AUGAGCGCGCCGUGGCCUGGUCAGACCAAUGGCGUCUACAUGAACCCAUCCAUGUCAUCGCUCUAUGCGAAUCCCAAUUCCUCAAACAUCGACCUCAACUCGUUCGCUCAGAAUGGCAGCAUAAACCCCCAGCAGGCCUUUGGCGCUCCGCAACAGACUUACAACGUCAACUCGGUUGUGCCCUCGAAGCGUCCGCGUCCCUCUGAAGACCAGAUGCAUCACUCGCCGCAUGCCCCGUCACAGUCACUAGACAUGUCGCGAUCGCAAACCCCAAUGCAGGCCGGUGCUCCCUUUGGCGCAUUCAACUCCCAGCAACAGCAGCAACAACAACCCUUCCAAGCUCCACCCACUCCCUACCAACAUCUGCAGCAGAACCCCUCGGCCUCGACCAACGCUACCCCGUCACCGACCAUGCAGCCCCAGCAGUUUCGUCCGCCCCAGCAGCCACCACAGCGCAUGUCGACGGCCUCGCCUGCUACCUUCGCACAGACCAUGUCUCCCGCGCCCCCGACCGCGUCCAACAACAUGAUGCAGCCCGGCACUUUCACUCCGCAGCAGUCGUUCGGCGCAAACUUCAACCCUUCCUCGUCGCAAGCUAUGAACAUGUCUCAGGGCAUCACUUCUGUGCCUCAGAUGCAGCAGCAAUAUCAGCAGAAGCUCUAUCAGCAGCGCCUGCAACAGCAGCAACAGCGCCUGCAGGCCAAUAGUAUGGCUCAGGUGCGCGCCAAUGCUGCUCAGACAGCUGCUGGCUUCAACCCAGCAGCUGCUGCGGCCAAUGCUAGUGUUGGAAGCGCCAAUGGCAUGGGCACCCCUGGACAGCCAUCUGCGCAAUCAAGUCAGCAAAAGCAGGAACAAUGGAUGCGAUCGUUGCAGCAGUUCUGUCAACAGAACAACAGACCUUUCAACCCUCAGCCCCAAGUCUGCGGACGACCACUACCUUUGUACAUUAUUUGGGUCAUUGUCCUGCAACACGGUGGCUCCACUCGCGUUACUCAGUUCCAAGGCUGGCCCACGAUUGCGCAAAAGGUCGGCUUUAACCUUCAACAAUAUCCUACGGCCGCACAAGAAUUGCAACAACUGUUCGAAAAUAACCUCGGCCAAUAUGAGCGCGUCUUCAUGCAAGCUAGAAUGCAGCAACGUCAGCAGCAAGCUUCGUUGCAAGCGCGCCAGUUGGCUGGGCUAGGCACUCCAAAUCCCGCUCAAGGCUCACCAGGCCAUGCAGCAAAAGCCCAGCAACAACAGCAGCAGAUGCAACAGGCUCAGCAACAGCAACAGCAACAGCAACAAGCCCAGCAGCAGCAGCAGCAGCAGCAGCAGCAGCAGCAGCAAGCACAACAAGCGCAGCAAGCGCAACAAGCUCAGCAACAACAACAGUUGCAGUUGCAACAACAACAAAUACAGGCUCAGCAACAGCAACAGCUGCAACAACAACAACAAGCCGCUCGGCAGCAACAGCAGCAGCACUCGACCCCCGUGCCCAUGAUGAAUUCCCAAGCCACACCAAUGCAGCGUCCUACUCCUACACCCGUCAAUGGAAUGGCCACUCCACAGAAUGCCAUGCAGCACUCGGCCUUGAACGAGUUCCGUCGUACAUCGAGUGUUGGUAAGCUCGACUCUGUACCACCACCAGACCAAGAGCUAGCUCGAGUCUCUGCAUCACCAGCAGUCAAGACUCAGUCAGAAGCAGGCGGAACCCCAGGCAUCAAGCGCGAAGCCAGCACUACUGAGUUGAAACACAUUACUGGCCAGGAGACAGAGUAUGAGCCCCAUAGACGUAGCCUGGAUUACUAUGGUGGAUACGACAUCCUCCCAUUAGCCAAGCUUGGUGGUGAGAUUGCUCGCCUGGUUCCCGAUGUGCCUAUGGUUGACGAGAUGGGGCUGAUCGACAUCCGGGCUCUUACCUUGAGUCUUCAGUCUGGCAUCCAUGCUGAAACCCGUCACGCCUUGGAUCAUUUGACGUUGAUCUCGAUAGAACCGCGCAUCAACUUAGAUCUUGACAAGUGCGAAGACUUGACAGACGUGCUUGUUGACUGCGCGGAAGUUCAACUUGACAUCCUUGCCGAUGGCGCUGCCGAAGUCUCGGACGGCCUCGACCUGCCAUCUUAUGAAGAUCUCGUCAAACUGUGUCGCAUUGAGAACGAAUCCUUGCAGGACAUCCCUGCCAUUGGCACUCAGGAGUAUGAAUUGGAUCGUGCUGCUGAUCGCCUCAUUGCCGUCACGACACUGCUGCGGAACCUUUCCUUUAACGAAGCAAAUCACCGCCUUCUAUCAUCCAAUUCUGUUGUCAAUUUUGUCUCAAACGCAAUCCGCUUGCUGGGCACUCGCAACACCUUCCUCCGGACCUCGAGGAACGUCGCAGACUUCUACAAAGAUAUCAUCACGUUCCUCUCUAAUAUCACUGGUGUCCUGGAGUUGCCGAGCCGCGAUGAUGCUCUUCACAUCCUUCAAUUCAUUUUGGCCUUUGCUCCUCAGCCAGCGCCUACAAUCUCCUCCGAUUCUCCGUUACUAUUCAGCCCUUACAUACCUUUGGCGCAACGACAUCUUCCGCUGGCAGUUGACUGUCUUGCAAAACUCUUGGCUCGCCAAGAACCUAAUCGAUCAUUGUACCGCAGCAUUUUCACUUCAUCACAAGCGCUCAACUCGUCCGAGUCUGUGCCACCAGCAGAUUUGCUUACCUCUGCUUUUGCUCUGAGCAUCUCCGUCUUGCCUGAGCGCUCAAAACGAGCUUUCUCCACUACAGUCGAACUCAAGAUGGUGGAAGCCAGGAAGGCUUUGCUGACGCAGGGCAUGUUGGCUGCUGAUAUCUUGGCGUCAAUGGUCCCGACAGCACAAUCGUCCGAGGACAACGACGAGAAGAAUCUUGCUCGCGCGUGGCUUGGGUCUGAUGACCGCUGGCCUGGAGGUCUGUUGCGUAUGGCCUUUGUGCUCUCGGUCGACCGCACUGCACAAGCACACAGGCUACAGCCCGGACACCCACACAUGCCGCCAAUGGAACCAGACAUGCAGAGCUACGGUCUCAUAACACAUCGCGGGCUAGGUAUGUUGGCAAGGUUGGUGGAGAAGGCCGGACUGCCUUCCUUAGAGAAGGCAAGAACGGCCUCUGAAGACGACGAGUCGCGAGAGGAUGGCGCUCGUGGUGAUGACGACGAUGACGAGGAAGACCAAGAUGAGUUUGAUGAACAUUACAAGCCCACACCCAGCUGGAUAGUAAGGUGUAAUCCGGCUCCCCAGCGGGAGACGGUUCUCGGCGCUCUACUGUCGCCAGACGCGGACAAAGUGGCCCUGAAGUUGUUGUGCAAACUUUACGAUAUGGCGGCCGCAUGA